GCCUACAGCAUUGUGCAAUUAGGCAAAUAUGGCAGCUUCGCCGCGAACCAGAUCAUUGGGCGUCCCUUUUACCUGACGUUUGAGAUUCUUGACGCCCCCGAGAGUGAUGGCUACCAGCUUCGGGUGGUCUCCGCGACGGAGCUCCAUGCCGAAAACCUCAUCGAAGAAGCCGAGGCAGAUGGCGAGGGUGAGGAUGGGGACUCUGGCGAUGGCACACCUAUGCGCACAAAUCGCGAAAUCAUUGACGAUGCUUCGACUCAAAAGUUAACGCUGCAGGAGAUUGAAGAGCUGAAGAAGGAGGCCAGUGGGGCAGGCAAGGAUAUUGUCGCAAAACUCCUGGAGUCGCACUCUAGCUUGGACCAGAAAACGGCGUUUUCUCUGGCCAAAUACACAUUGCGCAAGCGCAAGAAGUACAUCCGGAGAUUUACUGUUUUGCCAUUGGACGUCAGUUUUCUCGCCAACUACUUGCUGGAACAGCGGGAUGCGCAACGCACAAUGGAGUUGCGGGAUGAGCAUAUUGGUCUGCUUGGCUGCUUGGGCAAUGUGCACCAUGGUGCAGAAUCGAUAUUGGAUGCGACUCCUACGAUCAAGCUAAAUGGUCGGUACUUCGUGGUCGAUGAAACUGGUGGCCUUAUCGUCGCGGCAAUGGCCGAGCGGAUGGGAAUUUUGUACCCCGAAGAAGACGAUGUUGAAGAGGAGGCAAAGGAAGAACAUCCUGCCGCGGAGCAAAAUAUCGCAGAGAACCCGGUCGCAGCUUCAACACCCCGGCGCAAUCGUCCUCGGCCCAUGUCGGCAUCCGGGAACACGGUCACGGUCAUCCAUGCCUACUCGCAACCAAACCUGUCACUAUUGAAAUACUUCGGCUACGACGCCAACACACCUGAUGAAUCGCAUCCUCUUCAUACCCAUCUCAAGACCAUGUCGUGGUUGCAGCUUGUGGACCCCUCGGUAGACCCGAUCUUGUCGAAUGAGCCUCCUGUCUUGCCCGCCGAGGAGCUUUCCGCCAUGAAGCCCAGCAAGCGCACCGCUUAUUAUUUCAAGCGGAACCGCUGGGAGAAAUUCCGCAAUGUCACUAAUGAGGCCCGCGCGGGUGGCUUUGAUGGUCUAAUUGCCGCUACGCUGCUAGAGCCCGCCGGCAUCUUGAAGCACGUUGUUCCCCUCCUCUCUGGGUCGGCCUCAGUUGCGGUCUAUUCUCCAACUAUCGAACCGCUUACCGAGCUCGUGGAUCUGUACUCUACUGCCCGUCGAACAGCGUUUAUCACUCGGAAACGGGAUCUUGAGAUGCAGAAAGCCUCCGAAGAAGAGACCGUCGACCUGUCCUCGCUCUUCGAGGAGUUCCCCCUGGAUCCCACCCAACUCUUGCCCCCAACACUACACACUACCCGCGUUCGUGCCUGGCAAGUACUGCCUGGUCGGACACAUCCCCUCAUGACCGGACGUGGAGGUGCAGAGGGUUACCUCUUCCAUGGCGUCCAUGUCAUCCCCGCCGAUGUGAAGAUCCAGGCCGCGGGCACAUUCCGCAAGAAGCGCAAGUUGGAAACCACUUCUACGCCUGUCAGUGAUCGAGACGUGGAGAUGGCACCCUAA